CUCGGCCCUCUGAUUCGUCCGUCGCCGAAUAUCAAAGGUGAAUGCUCGGGCUCUGAGGACGUAAGCUCGGCGUGCAGUCUCUCCGCACCCACGACGUGCGGCUAUUAAUGGGCCCUGGUCCCGCAUGCUCCCAGCCAAGCCCAAGCAAAUCUCCACACGGACACUUUCACACCCAGCACGGACUGCCCUUGAGCGCGUGCUGGUUGCCUUAUUUCUUAGCAGCAAAGCUUGGGGAACAUGUCAACCAAGCUUCCCCUUGCAGGAGCCCUGGAUCGCGCCAUCAGCCCUCUUGGGCGACACGAGCGGCCACGGACGACCAACUACAUCGACAACCUGCGCGGGUACAGAUGGAGGAUUCGACUCUCGAGAAGCUCUUCCGCGUCGUGGUCAGCGCGCAUAGGACGGUGCAGCCACUACUGCAGGUCGCACGUCAGAGGAGCUAUCAAGCCAGCCUCACCGGUUUGCGAGGCUCGAGCGUGGUGCUUGGGAGCUGCAGUCCCCAGUUUCCCAGGGGAACCGAUGGGGAGAGGAUUGAGCCGGAAGAUAUGCCUUCAGAUUGAUGAGAAGUGCGUGCGACAAGUGGCACAAGGUGGCUCGCAAUCCUUUCCAACCACGUUGUGGGCGCAACACGUCGCCAGAAGCGGCUGCCAUGGGUGUUGUGAUCCGCACAGUCGGUAUCCCGCUGGCAAGGUUGGCUGUCGUCUUUUCAGUCGGUCCUGAAGUUCCGCAACCGAGAAAGUGGUCUUGGUCGGUGGACAAACGGGAGCGCUCCAAGCAGCCUGAGAAGCUUCCUUCCUUGCCGUGUGUCUGGGCCAAUAGGAGUGCACGGCAUCG